AUGAGGGCUGAGACAAGGACAAAGACCAGACUGAGGGCCAUGACCCUCUGCAAGUCACAUCAGUCAGAGAACUUCUCAUCUCCUCAUAUCACGAAAGCCUUCAAAUUGUACAUGAAGCAUUACUCCACAAUCCGCAACGGACACCAAGAACCACAACUUUCAUUUCAUCUGUCAAUUUCUGUGCCCAGACGAAGCAAACCGUCGUCUGCCAUGCAUGUGUUUACAUUCCCUCGGCAAACCGAGCCCGAGACCCUGGAGAUUUCCCGAGCUGCAGAGGUUUUUCAAACAACUCUGCAAGUCCUAAAGAACAGAGCAAGACAGAAACAUAAAAGGGAUGUCACGGCAUCAGAACUGAUUUCAUGGGAGGAUGUGGAGCUGAUUGCAGAGCUGUCUCAAUGUCUUCAUGCAACACAUCCAGCCGUCUGUCAGGACAGUCCUCUCAACACGUACCGAACCAUAUCCGGCCUCUGCAAUAACAGGGAAAAUCCUCUCUGGGGAGCAGCCAACACUCCCUUGGUCAGAUGGCUUCCAGCUGAAUACGAAGACGGAGAGAGAGAACCUAAGGGUUGGAACCGAGGACGGCUCCAUAAUGGAUUCCAACUUCCCUCGACAGGUGAUACUAUCGUUGGUGCUGAGGGCUGCAUGCCUUUUUAUCGCUCCACACCAGCCUGCUUCAUCAAUUCUGGGUCUGAUAUUGGACAAGCUCUGCAACGACAACAGAUGAAUGCCAUAACGUCAUUCAUGGAUGCUUCAGUUGUGUAUGGCCACACUCCAAAACUGGAGAGCGUCCUCCGUGACCUCUCCAGCCAGAAUGGAAAACUUGCUGUCAACGACAAAUUCACGGAUCCAAAAGGAAGACCCUACCUUCCAUCUGUAGCCACUUUGCCAUCGGCAUGCCGCCAGGAUCCAAAGGAGGAGAGAGUGGAGUGUUUCAGUGCUGGAGACAGUCGGGUCAAUGAGGGUCUGCCCCUGUCCUCUUUGCAUACACUGUGGCUUAGGGAACACAAUCGAAUUGCAGAGGCAUUGAAACAUAUUAAUGGUCACUGGAGCCCAGAGACUAUAUACCAAGAAACUCGAAAGAUUAUUGGAGCUCUGCACCAGAUCAUCACCAUGAGAGAUUAUGUUCCAAAAAUUAUUGGCCCGGAGUCUUUUGAACAUUACAUUGGACCCUAUGUGGGAUAUGAUCCAACGACAGACCCGUCAGCCUCCAAUGUGUUUGCCACUGCUGCAUUCAGGUUCGGCCAUGCUACCAUUCCCUCAAUCCUCCAGAGACUGAAUGAGAGCUUCCAGGAACAUGAGCACUUCCCCCACUUGAGACUGCACAACACUUUCUUCACUCCAUGGAGAAUAGUCAAAGAAGGUGGAAUUGAACCAAUACUGAGAGGUAUAAUUGGAACUGCAGCAACAGCUGUUAGUGCAGACAUGGUGUUGACAGAUGAGCUAACAGAGAGGCUGGUUGUCCUUAAUGUGCCACAGCACAUGGACCUGGCUUCACUCAACUUGCAGAGAGGACGAGAUCACGCUCUCCCAGGAUACAAUGACUGGAGAUCAUUCUGUGGACUGAAGAGCAUUAAGACACUGGACGAUUUCACAGAGGCUGUGGGAGACUGCAGGGUCGCUGAGAAGAUAUUAGAAAUAUACAAACAUCCAGACAAUAUAGAUGUAUGGCUCGGAGGACUUGUUGAAAAUGUCUUGCCUGGCUCAAGAACCGGUCCCCUCUUUGCUUGCCUGAUUGGGAAGCAGAUGAAGGCGCUCCGUGAUGGCGAUAGGUUCUGGUGGGAGGCUGAAGAUAUGUUCACCCAGCAACAGAAGGCUGAGCUCUUAAAGGGUUCUGUUUCUCGGAUCAUCUGUGACAACAGCGACAUAAGAGAAGUCCUCCCUGAUUCUUUUAGAUUCAAGAAAUACCCUUCUGGUUACAUUUCCUGUGAUCAUAUACCGUCAAUCAAUCUGGAAGCUUGGAGAGAGGAAAAGAGCCAAGAUUUAGAGCAGUGUGGCACUCCAAGAACGAUAAGGAAUGGGGAUUUUAUUUUGUCCUCUACAUCUGGCAAACUGGUCGCUCAGUACUCCUGUUACCAUGGUUUCAAGUUAAAGGGUGCUGCUGCAAUAGUUUGUGAGGGAAAUCGAUGGAGUGAUCAACCCCCACAAUGUACAGGGAAUCAACACUAAGCUGUUGACAAUGGAGCGGAUCAAGAAACGCUUCACAGAUUUAUAACAAAGCCCAGGAAAUGUCAUUUUUCUUCCUUGCUUUCUUUAUGUUUGACAGUUUUGUUGAUUAUACAUACGUGUGUGUGAAUAAGACAUGUUUUCAAAAUAAACUGUUUUGAAAAAUAAUUAAUAAUACCUGCUCUGUUUCCGUAUUCUGUGUAGCUUUUUAAUUCUUUGUCAUCCGUUGGAGUAAGUUGAAUUUUGUUCAGUAAAAAUAUGUACACUCUAAACCAAGUCAAAGCUCUUUUUGUCAUGCUCACUUUAUUUUGUACAAUUUCUACAUGACUUGUUUUGAACUUAUUUUUUAUUUUCAGCCCAGUUUCAACUGCUCUGAAUAUGAUGAUAAUUCAGAAAAUGUCAAACAACCCAUCCCAUGAAAUGAAUAA